ACCAGUCCUCAACCGGUUUAGUUGCCCUUUUUCCCCAGACGGGGACAUCUUAUAUCUACUUUUAAGUAUUAUUGUUCAGAAUUCAGCGGUAUUCCUCAUAUUUUUUGUUAAAUUCAUGAAAGUGUAAUACUUAUUCAUUUGUGUUAUUAUCAUAUUCAACUAGACUCCCAAAAAUGAACUCCUGCUUGUUAGCUUGUUUUAUUAUAUCAUCAUGUAUCAUACUCGAAGCAGUUGGCCAUCUUCAUGAUGAACUUCUUCAUGACUCGGAUCAUGAAGUAGUGUAUAGAGUACCCCGCGGCAUCCAUGGAAAGAAAAAAGAUGGAGAAUGCAGAUACAAGAAAGGUCCAUGGAGUGACUGUGAUGCUUCAUCAAAUAUGCAGAGGAAAACACUUAAUUUGAAAAGGGGUGAUACUUCUUGCGAACAAACAAAAGUUAUUACUAGGAAAUGCAAAAAAGCUUGCAAGUAUGAAAAAGGUGGUUGGAGUGACUGUGAAAUUAGUACAAAUAUGAGAACACGUAUUGAUAACUUAAAACCAAAAAGUGAUUCCUCAUGUCAGCCUACAAGAACAAUAUCAAAAAAGUGCAAAAAAGUAUGCAAAUACAAUAAACAAGCUCUCUGGGGUGAAUGUGAUCCUGCAACUGGUAAGAAGACCAAAGUUCUAGUUUUAAAAAGUGGAAAUCCUCAAGUUUGUGAACCAAAUAAAAAGAUCACUAAACCAUGCCACAAAGGUUCUGGCCAUGGUGGUCAUAAAGGAGUCAACAAAGGUCGUAAAGCUGAUGAUUAUGGCGAUGAAGAUGAGACAAAUGGAGAUUUGGUCUUGUAAAUGCCUGCUGUUUCCUUUUUUAUUCAUCAAAUAUCAGUGUUCUUUUUGUACUGUAAUUAUUGUGACAUUAAGUGUUCAGCUAGAUAGGUUAACUUUCCAGUAACUUGUAGUUUAUGCUGGUAUGAAUGACUUUCUUCUAAAUCUGCCUGUAUAUUCUGCUAGUCUUUCUAGAGUUAUUUUUUUUCUUUUUCUUUUGUAUUUUAUUCUGUAUGUGUAAUUUUUAAUUGUUCUCCCCCCACACACAAAAUCAGUAUCUUGAAAAUUUAUAAAUGUUAUCUGAAAUUUGUUCACAUUUUUAAUUUAAAAAAAUAUUUGCAGCAGCUGUUUAAGUGUGAAUGUCAUAUAACGUGUCAAGAAUUUCUUUGUUUUGUGUGAUUUUUUAUUUUGUAUUGAAUGGUAGUGCAUCAUAAAAUGUACUGACGUGUAGGAAAUGUUUACUAUGAGAGCAAGAAUAAUAAUUUUAAUUUAUAGAAAAAUGUCUAGUGUUUAAAAAAAAGCAUACUUUUGAAUGCUGUUUUGUUUUUUAAUAAGUUUUUAAUUAGUAAUGUCCUAUGUUUUUAACAGUUGUAUGAAACACUUUUUAAUCACAUAGCUGUUAUAGGAAAUAUUCACAAAUGUUUGUAAAAGAAAUGAUGUGCUUAACACAUUUGUUAUUCUGAUCUCAUACAUAUUUCCUUUUUAUCAAAUAACCUGCAGUUUCUAAAUAUUAUCUUGAAUUACUUCAAAAUACUUUAAUACUGUUUAAUUGUUGCAUCUAAUGCUCAUGUUAUUUUUUAUUUUCAUUUAUGCAUCUUGUUAAGUAGUUUGUUUUCUGUCAUUUUAGACUCAAUUGAAAUUUAAGCAUCCUGCGUUCAAUUUUAGUAUUGCAUUGUGUAUCUUAAACUGGACAACAAGAAGAACAUAAUUAAAGCUAUUUCUGAUUAGUUGAAUUAUAAAUUUCAUUUGAAGAAUUUAUAGAAAUCCAUGCAUUGGUUUAGAGCAGUGUUUCUUAAACUCAUGUGUUUCAUGGAACUCGGGUAUCUUUGGACGCUCAAGGUUUCAAGGGUACUUUUUUUCAUAACAUUCAACAAAAGCAACUAAAAAAAGCAAAGAAAAUUAACAGCUGUAAAUUUUUUUUAAAAAAUAGAAUAAGAAUUAACCCUCACUUCCCCUUUACUAAUCUUGAUGUAUGCAAAUACAACAGUCCAACGUGGCAAGUUGCAGUGGCUCCAUCAGAACAGUAUUUUACUGCAGCUGCACUGAGGAAUCAGGUGUAUUUCUGGUGGGAGUGACUUCCGAGCUCAUUUCUUUAUUGAUUGCUACACAUGUGAAAUUCCUCGGUUUCAGGGGAAUCUCAUAUACUUGAAUGUGAAAGUGUGUGAGUAGCCAGGCAUAAUAGUCACUUAUUGAUGUGUGUCUUAUAAAAUAUGUUUUGAUCUUUUUUUUGUGCAUAUUGAUAAUCUUUAUUGGUUCUUAUAACAUUACAUCACACAUACUUUUCCAUAAGAUUAGAAAAAAACAUCUUGGGCAUAAUGUAAAUUAUAGGGAAAUCCAACCAUGAUAACAAAGAUAUAUUACAUACAAGAAGAAUCCACAUAGUUAUAUUCUAUCACACGCACCUUCUAACUCGUAUAUUCUCCUUUCACAUCAUCCACAGCAGGUGUUAAAGUUUGCUUGGUGAGUCGCUGUUGUUUAUUAAAUACCAUGGUAUCCAGAGCAGAUGCAGAAGGGCUGUUAUGUUCUGCAUUUAAUGUCUUAAAACCUAAAAAUUAUAUUUAUAGUUUGUGUUUUAUGUUCCACUGUUAACAAUGUUGCUGAUAUAAGUAACUGCGUAAACUUCACUCGUCCUUAAAAGAUACCUGUCAUUCAUUGUAUUUGUGGUCUUAAAAUACUUUUCGAUAUUUAGAUGUGUGGUGACUAGAGAGGUGUCUUAAAAAGAGGCAUUCUAAAGUGUACUACUGCAGAACUUGAUGCUUCUGUUUUAGGCUCAAUAACCAGCUCUUUUGCUAAAGGUAAUUAGAGUGAUACAAAUAAAAUAUUGCCUCAAAAGAAAUUAGGCUACUGAAUGCUUCUAUAAGUGAUCAACUCGGAGUGGUUACUAAAAUACUAGGAAAUAAUGAAUGUUAUGUGGAUGAAAGUUAGAUCUCAUUAGGGUUCAUGUACAUUAAUACUAAUGAUCAGUGUAUUACAUACAGCUAAGUUCUCCCUAAUAGCUGUAUGGCUCCAUCUAAAAUGUGUCAUUUGGAAUCGUUUCAUAGUGAUGUAAAGAAAAAAGUUGAAUUCUUCAUUUAAAAGUGUGACAAACUCGUAAAAGUGUGUGGUUCAAACUACAAAAGUGAAUGAAAAAGCAACUGAGGCUUUGUACUUAGUCAGCUGUCAGAAAGCUCAAUGCCAUUGUAAAAUCAAGCUUCAAAUCGCACAAUAUUAAAAGAUAAACAUUUAUUUACAACUAAUAAAGGGAUUUAACAUAAAAAAAACAUGUUCUAAAAAUGCCUAGUUGUGAUCUGAAUAUACACGAAGCUAAAACAGAAUUGCAAAUUUAUAAAUACAAUUUAUGUUGCCAGAUUCCUGCACUUGAAUAAGUAAAGACUCAUAAGUAGCAUUUCUAACAGUGGUGAAGCAUACUCAGAAAAUCUUAGUAAACCUUUUACUGUGGAAAUUUUAAAAUGUACAUUAGAUGAAAAAAAAAAAAAGUAGUAGCUAAGUUCUCACCUUUUCAAAUGACACAGUAGCUCCACAUCAGAGGUUCAGCAUAUAUAUUAAAUACUGCAACAGAUUUGAUACUAAAUUUGACCAAUGAGUCCAACUUUUAUCCAUAAAUUCUAAUAUUAAAUAUAUCUGCAAUAAAGGGAAUACCACUCAUCUCAUUUUAAAUUUAAUUUAAAAGACCUGUUUGAAUAUGUUAUUUUAAGAACUUUUGGGCUAAUUUCAAAAUUACUUUUUGAAGCAAAUAAAUAUUAUUUAAAGUAAUUGUUAUUUUUCUUGCAAACAAUUCAUUUACAGAAUGUUGCAUUAAAACCAUACUUUUGAAGCUAACCAAGGAUUCCAUGAUAAAAGAGGGCAUUAGGAAGGGUUCCACUUAUCUAAAAGUUUAAGAAAUGCUGUUUCGAAGUAUCAAAUUCUGAGUUAAACUUUUUAUUUUUUUAGAUCAAAAGAUUGUGAGUUAUAUAAGUUUCUUACAACAAUAAGAAUUGUAGUUUGUUGCAGUGUUCUCAAUAAUCUGUUUUUGCAACAUGUCACUUGUACUUUUUUGGCAAGAUAUAUGAAAAAAAAUUAAGGUGAAAGUUAUUGCCACGGAUACUUGCAGAACCUCCUGAAAUAUGUAUGUGAAUUAUGUAGACAUUGAAAUGUUUGAUGAAUGAUUUGAAAGCACAGCUUUUAGUUUUACUAGUAAUUGGUAAUUUAAUUGCUACCAUUCACAAUAUUUCAGAUGUUAUUAUGUAACAGGUGGUAAUUUUUAAUUUGGUUAUAGAGCUAUGUAUAAUUUUAGUGUGUAAUUCUAAAAUAAUAAUGGUAUCAAUGUGGAAUAAUUUAGUAACCAUUUAUCAGAAUUAGCUUGCUUCUGGCUGAGAAUAGGGACAGAGUAAAACUUGAAAUGUUAUGAAUACUUAUUUCAUUUUUUAUAUACCAAGCAGUGUGUGUGUGUGUGUUAAGCUUUCAAUUUUUAAAUGCAAUUUCUACUUAACAUAAAUCAUUAGCAUAAUAUUCACGCAAAUGAUCAUUUAUAAGUUCAAGUAAACAGGUGUAUACGUUGUAUUUUACAGGAUACAAUUGCUGCUGUUCCAAUUUAUUGUUGAUUUUGUUCAUAAAUGUCUCAUAAUUUUUUGUUAAUCUUCUUAAGGAACUAAUCUUUAUGAAAGUAUCAGUUUAUGUUUCAGCGAGUAUUCAUAUUUAGUUAAGUAUUGAGUUUAGUAUAUGGAAAAUGUUUUUCUAAGAACUAAUUCCUUAAAGACUGUUGAUCUGAGUUGCAUUUAGUGCCUGUGAAUGUGGUGAUUAUUUAUAUGCUGUGAUUAAACAUGUUCUUUCAAAAUGAACCAUUUAGGAAUGCAUCUAUCCAUUCAUGUGCAUAUUUUUAUUGCAUUUAUAUAGACAUUUUAAUAAAACUUACUUUUUUAGAUUAA